GUAGCAAACACACAACGACCUGUUAGAACGGCGGAGCAAGUUACAUCGCCCCGUGUGUGGCACGUGCCUCUCGAGACACUCACCGGUGGUUAACGGUAAAGCGGCGGCAACGUCUCUCAGUCUGGAGGUCACUCUACGCUCCCCUGCAGCCUCCCCGCGGAGCCUAUUGUUGAAAUAUACAGUCAUCGUCGUGGUCCUUAACGUCAUUCAACGCAGCAGAGAACUGCGGUCAGGGGAACACACCGCCUCCGAUUCCACUCCUGUGAUGCCUGAUCGAUGCUCCGGUAGUCUGUAGAUCGGUGUGUCGUCGUCAGUUUGAGGCAGGGGUCUCGUGUUGACAGCGGUCUGACGGCUGCAGGGUCUCGUGUUGUCAAGGAUCUGACGGCUGCAAGGGUCUUGUCUUGUGCUCUGGCGGCAGGCAGGUGUCCCGAUGCGGAGUCCAAGCGGCGUACAACGGAUGGAAAGGGUUCCGCUACCGCUCAUCUCACCGUCACCGGGGAAUCCGGUUUCUUUAGGAAAGGCGUUUGCGUUGAAAGGUUCGACUCACGGUCAGCUGUGAGUCAGAGGACCAGCAGUCACUCCUGAGAACUUCCAGGAGACAAUCCAUUCUUCAAUUCCUCGCCUAUUUCGAGGGACUUUUGGAUUGUCUUUGCUUUGCGUUGUGAGAUUCGUUUUCCGCACGGACGAAGGACCCCGUUAAUGUCCGCGAGUCAACAGGGGGCAGCUGAUAACCCGCGAGCCUUCCCGCCUCCAUCCACCUGCUAAAUACCCACUGUCCGCGGGUCUCACCGACAGACAGCCAGCAUUUAAGAAUCAGCGAAAACGUCAUCGGAUUCUGCCGGACGUCUGUGCGUGUGUCUGUGUGAGUGUGUGGAUGUGUGUGUGCUCAGGUCGAGGAGGUCCUGUUUGUGUGCGAGUGCUUUGAGGGGUAUUUCGGAGGAGGCUGGGCAUGCCUCGGACGGGGAUGUGUGAUCUGUUGAGCUGAAGACAGUGAGGGACCCAGAGCAUCACCACCAUGGGGCUGGGCCAGUCCAGCAAGACCCCCGUCGAGGACGAGUCUAACGACAUAAAUUUCGACCACUUCCAGAUUCUGAGGGCUAUCGGUAAAGGCAGCUUUGGAAAAGUGUGCAUUGUGCAGAAGAAGGACACCAAGAAGAUGUACGCCAUGAAGUACAUGAACAAGCUGAAGUGUGUUGAGAGGAACGAAGUGAGGAAUGUCCUCAAAGAGCUGCAGAUCAUGAAGAACCUUGAGCACCCCUUCCUCGUCAACUUCUGCGUCUCUGCGGCCGCGCUGUCCUGCGUGGCGAUGUGCCAGCACUCGGUGCGGGGGCACCCCCACUCGCAGUUGGUGUGCAUCGACGUGGAGCAGCGCAUCUCCUGCCUGGCGGAGCUGCAGGACCUGGACUACAUGUCGGACGUCAACUGGGACGCUGUGCUCAGCAAACAGCUGCCUCCAGGCUUCAUCCCCAACCGGAGGCGGCUGAACUGCGACCCGACCUUUGAGCUGGAGGAGAUGAUCCUUGAGUCCAAACCAUUGCACAAGAAGAAGAAGCGGCUCGCCAAGAAGACCAAAGACCAGGGCUCCGACGGCUCCCCGCAGAAUGGCCAGCUGCAGCUGCGUCUGGAUAACGUCCAGAGAGACUUCAUCGUCUUCAACAGAGAAAAGUCAAAGAGAGUGCCAGUGGACUCCGAGUCCUCUGUUCUGUCCACGGCAGAGAGGAACAAGGCCAUAGAAGACGGGCAGAACAACAACGUGGAGCCCGCCGCCUACACAUCAGGAUAGAUCGCCUCAAGGACCCUCAAGACCCCCCGCCACCCACGCCUCAAAGCUCACCUGCACUGCAAUCAACACAGCUUUGUAGAUCAGCACUUUUACGCCUCGUUCAAUGUUCCACUCCAACCCUAACUCUCUCACACACACACACACACACACACACACACACACACACACACACACACACAGAACACGCACACAAGCACACACAUGCCAUUAAAUACAGCAAGACACUGUGAACUUAUAUAUGUAUACAUACUCGCAUGCACAAGCACACGCAAUACAAAACCCUCCAAUAGAGCUGCAGAAACACUGACAUCGAUUUUACAGAAAUACUGACAUGGACUCUACUGAAACACUGACUUGGACUCUACUGAAACACUGACUUGGACCCAAAAGGAAAACCAACAUGGACUCUACUGAAACACUGACUUGGACCCAAAAGGAAAACCAACAUGGACUCUACUGAAACACUGACAUGGACCCAAAAGGAAAACCAACAUGGACUCUACUGAAACACUGACAUGGACUCUACUGAAACACUGACAUGGACUCUACUGAAACACUGACAUGGACUCUACUGAAACACUGACAUGGACUCUACUGAAACACUGACAUGGACUCUACUGAAACACUGACAUGGACUCUACUGAAACACUGACAUGGAUUUUAAAGAAACACUGACAUGGACUCUACUGAAACACUGUCAUGGCCUAUACAGGAACACUGACAUGGACUCUACUGAAACAAUGACAUGGACCCUACUGCAACACUGACAUGGACCCAAAAGGAAAACCAACAUGGACUCUACUGAAACACUGACAUGGACUCUACUGAAACACUGACAUGAACUCCACUGGAACACUGACAUGAACUUUCCUCUAACACUGACGUGGACUCUACAGGAACACUGACAUGGAUUCUACUUAAACACUGACAUGGACUCUAUUGAAACACUGACAUGGAUUUUAAAGAAACACUGACAUGGACUCUACUGAAACACUGUCAUGGACUAUACAGGAACACUGACAUGGACUCUACUGAAACACUGUCAUGGACUAUACAGGAACACUGACAUGGACUCUACUGAAACAAUGACAUGGAAUCUGCUGAAACAAGAACCUGGAUUCUGCAGAAACUGUGACAUGGACCCUUUGGAGGGCAGACAUCACAGCACGAGCCCCCCCCCCCCCAGCCCCACAUCUUCCCUUUAAACCCGUCCCUCAGCUCCCCUCCCCUCCCCUCCCCUCCCCUCCCCCUCUUCGGCGGCUGUGCGGGGAAGAACCGGGAGCCCGGUGACGACGGGCCUUCUCAGGUCCUAAGAAGAGGAGUGCGGGUGACCAACAGAAGAACUCGAUGUUGAUUGGUUUCCAGGUGGACAUGCAUGCCUGCCAGUUGACUCAGACUGACACUGCGGUGCGCGAAUGAUGGGAGCUUUUAGAAAUGGCCAAAAAACGGGGUGGGGGGUGGAUGGUCAAACACGGGUGUGUCUAGGCUAUUUGAGAUUAAAAAAAAAAUACAACAGGAAA